CUUAUAGCGUUUUCAAGUGAACGGAUUUGUCUUGUGGCGGAUUUACUAUGCAUUCUCUCUACGACUUUCUAGGUCCAAUGAGAAUCUUUUAGGGACAAAAAUAUUGUUGGCUAUAAUUCCCAUAGUUUAUUGAUAGUGUUCAAUCUUAUAAUUAGUAUAUUUUAUGAUUUACGCUUGUCUAUGUAUAAAGUAUAGAAUCAAUCGCCGGGAAUAAAAUUUUAAUGUGUAGCGAAAAUUGAUAAACGAAUCGAAAACUAUAUGUGUGUGUGCUUGCGCUGAAUUAUAUGUUAUUCAGAAAGUUCUGAGAAUUAAGGUUAUUUCAAGUCUAGUUUUGAUAUCAGCCAUUCAGUAUGGAUACAAAAACUCUUCCGAGUCUCUUGAGUUUAAAAGUAGCUCCUCCAUCAGAGUUACAAAAUCAAAACAUUGACAAUGGAGUUGGAGAAGGAGAGGGUGGCUCUGUCAAGCUUCCGGCUGCCUUAGAACAAGCUCUAGCAUUUAAAACUGAGCGGGCUAAAGAAGUAGGCGGGGAUCCCAAUGAUGUUGUUUCUGUGGAUAAAUCACCGAAGGAUGAUGGCGAGGAUGUUCCUCAGAUAGAAGACGUCAUAACGGAAAUAGAAUCGACUACGGAAAAGGUAGAAGUCAAAUCAAGUAAAACAAAGAAGAAGAAGAAGUCGAAGAAAAAGAGACACAAUAUAGAGAAGAAGGAUGCAGAACAGAAGAAGGACAGUGCCGAACAUGGCAAGAAUAAAGAGGAUAUGCCAGAGAUAGAAUAUAUACAGGAGAUACCGAGCAUAAACGAUUUAGAACCGAUGUACCGUCAAUUUGCCAGAGUCUUUGAAGCGUUCAAACUUAUAGAACCGGAACCAAGUCCAAAUGAUGCGGCUGAUAAAGGUGAACCCAUCGGGCAGUAUCCACCAGUAACGAGUAUACAAACUGCUGGCACUGGUGUGCCGAGCAAGGUACCGCUGUUGGAUGAUUUUGAUGAUGAUGCAAAUCAGCAGCAGCAGCAACAGGGUACUGGCGAGAAUGGUGCUCCGCGUCUGUCCAAGCGGAAACUGAAGAGGCUCACGCGGCUAAGCGUGGCGGAACUGAAACAACUAGUGGGUCGUCCCGAUGUCGUGGAGAUGCAUGACGUCACUGCGCGAGAUCCGAAGCUGCUGGUGCAAUUGAAGGCGCAUCGAAACACGGUCCCUGUGCCGAGACAUUGGUGCUUCAAGCGAAAGUAUCUGCAGGGCAAACGAGGCAUAGAGAAGCCGCCCUUUGAUCUACCGGACUUCAUUAAACGCACCGGUAUCACGGAGAUGAGAGCGAGCUUGCAAGAGCGGGACGACACGCGCACAUUGAAGGCAAAGAUGCGAGAGCGGGCGAGGCCCAAGCUGGGUAAAAUCGAUAUCGAUUAUCAGAAGCUGCACGAUGCGUUCUUCAAGUGGCAGACGAAGCCCCGCAUGACGAUUCACGGCGAUCUGUAUUACGAGGGCAAGGAGUUCGAGACGCGGUUGAAGGAGAAAAAGCCCGGUGAACUGUCGGACGAGUUGCGCACAGCUCUAGGAAUGCCGGUGGGUCCGAAUUGCCAGAAGGUACCACCGCCGUGGCUCAUAGCUAUGCAACGUUACGGCCCGCCGCCGAGUUAUCCAAAUCUCAAGAUACCCGGUUUGAACGCGCCCAUACCAGAAGGCUGCGCGUUUGGUUAUCAUGCCGGCGGAUGGGGAAAACCACCUGUGGACGAGACAGGCAGACCGCUGUACGGGGAUGUAUUCGGUAUAUCACGCACGUCCGGCGCGGACGCAAUGGACGAAGAGAUAGACCGGGGCAUGUGGGGCGAGCCCGAAUCAGAGUCGUCAGGCGACGAAGACGAAGACGAGGACGCCGAGGAGGGCGGCGAGGGCGGUGAGGGCGAAGGAAAGGAUGGCGACGGAGACGCCAGCGGACUCGUCACACCCGGCGCUGAGGGCCUGAUCACACCGAGCGGCAUCACGUCGAUCCCGGCCGGCCUGGAGACUCCGGAGACCAUCGAGCUGAGGAAGAAGAAGAUCGAAAGCGAGAUGGAGGGUGGUGACACACCCGCACUGUACACGGUGCUGCAGGAACGCCGCACCGAGGGUCUGGGCGCCAGCAUGAUGGGCAGUACGCAUGUUUAUGACAUGACUGGUGCGGCCGGCGGCCAAGCACCGCCGUCUGUGAUCGCCGCGCGCCGCGGUGGUAUCAGCGGCAGCGCGAGUGACGCCCGAGCAGAGAAGGACGGUGCGGUGGAAUUGACACUGGACCCCAGUGAGCUGGAUCUCGACUCCGAGGCGAUGGCAUCUAGAUACGAAGAGACGAUGAGGUCGAGGCAAGCGCAUCUUAGGAGGGAAGAUUUAUCGGACAUGUUGCAAGAUCACGUACAACGGCAAAAGAGCAAACGUAAACGUCAGCAAAUUCAGGAUACAAAGACAUCUAAGAAGUAUAAAGAAUUUAAAUUCUGAACACUCUGUCAUCUCUUCGUUUGUGUAUUGUACCAUAGGAAUUAAAUUGUUUGAGAUAAGUAAGUAUCUGAGCUAGACUUAACAUAAUGCAUUAUACUUUAAUGGUAUUGCAAUACAGUUAUAGUGUUUAAUAGCACAACUCCUUUUUUAUAUGUUAUAUUUAAAAAUACUAUAUGAAUGAUAAGUCAGAUAGUGUCAUAUAUAUAUUGACGAUAGUGAUAUAUCAAUGAUAAAGCUAUGAAUAAUUGAAUAUUUUCCAACAUAAGAAUAAUAAAUGCAAUUAUCUAUUUUUUGGAAGAGAAACACAAGUAGAUGAAAUAAGUAGACUUUGAAUAUACAUAUAUAUAUACACACACACAUAGAAAUGCAUUUGUUUACUUAUAUAUACAUCUCAACAUACUAGUAGUGACAAAUAUAUGAAUAGGUAUUUCGAA